AUGAAGCCGGUCACAUGGCGUCAUUUGAUUCGAGGCGCUGCUCUUGACAUAAACGAAAUCUCACUCGGUCACUUCCAACAAAACUUCUUCCAACCGGGACUGCCCGUUGUCCUUAAAAGCCCCCUGUCCACCUCCGUUGCCGACAAUGCCCGCAGUCUUGCGCCCGACUAUGAAGCUCUAAGGCCAACCAAGGGCUUAUCUAAAAAUUCCGGGCUGAGGCUAUGGCAACAAAAUACUAUCAUCACCAAAGACAAAGUUGAAUAUUCUUGCCAUCAACCGCUUGCAAAAUAUUGGGACACUGUUUUUGGUGGAGAUCACCAUACAUUAUGUCCGUUUGAGAUUGGCGUAUCGCCACGAGAACAGCCCGGUCUGGCAGGCUUUCUAAUGUGGAUACGUGCAAGGCUGCCAAAUAUUCCUCGAGAUGACAAUGUUGAUCAUCAACCCUGCGAACAAGACAAACAGUUGGAAAGCCUACUCUCUGCUGAACUCUGCAACUGUACCCCUGGUUCAUCAAUGAUCCGCUUCGAAGGUCCAAUAAGUCUCUUCAAGCUUGCAGUAAUGUACAAUCAUGCCGCAUUGAGUUCCGGUGGUCAACCACUCGCCAACUUCUACGUUGCGCAACUGCCAAUCGUAGAUUUACCUUCGAAUCUCCAAGCAGCCUUGGCUCCACCUCAUCUUGUCCUGAAGGCAGGCAAAGGGGAUGUGUAUGGGGGUAGUCUGUGGAUGGGCUUGACCCCAACCAAGACAUCUUGGCAUCGAGAUCCCAAUCCCAAUAUACUUUCUCAAUCCGUGGGCAGCAAAGUAGUCAGGAUGAUGCCACCAAGACCAGGUGAGCGCGUUUUCCAUGAAGUCCACAGUCGACUGGGAAGUAGAAGCUCCAACUCCCGAUUCCGUGGCAUGGAGUUGUUGGACGGCCCGGAAGCUACAGCUCUAGAUGAAGCUGUUUGGGGUCCUGAUGCGGAUCGGAUGCCGGAGAUGAUCGAAGCCAGACUGAACCCAGACGAAAGCAUCUUUAUCCCGCAGGGUUGGUGGCAUAGUGUCAAGAGCUUCAACUCUGGAGCUGCAUUGAGCGGUUUGCUUAACGUAUCCGUGAACUACUGGUUCCGCUAA